GAUCUUUACCUGAAUGCUGGUGGUGUAACGGUAUCCUAUUUUGAGUGGCUGAAAAACUUGAACCAUGUCAGCUAUGGCCGCUUGACUUUUAAAUAUGAAAGGGAUUCAAACUACCACUUGCUCAUGUCUGUCCAGGAAAGCUUGGAAAGAAAAUUUGGGAAACAUGGUGGAACUAUUCCAGUUGUGCCUACAGCAGAAUUUCAAGAUAGGAUAUCGGGUGCAUCUGAGAAAGACAUUGUCCACUCUGGGUUGGCUUACACAAUGGAGCGUUCUGCCCGGCAAAUCAUGCGUACUGCCAUGAAGUACAACCUGGGUCUGGACCUGAGAACAGCUGCCUACGUCAAUGCAAUUGAGAAAGUCUUCAAAGUGUACAAUGAGGCUGGCCUGACCUUUACAUAAACAGGCCAUUACCGCUCCUUAUUGUAUCCAAUCCCUCUCGCUGUUAAUGUACCCUCUUCUUGAGAAAGCUUAUCACAAGUUUACAUGUAACCAUAAAAUUUUCUUUUCUUCUGACAUUAUAGUGGAUCCUAUUCUCAAUUAGUUUCAGUCCAAACUAGUCUUUUUUUUUUUUUUUUUUUUUACAAUAAAAAUCCAUGUAUUAGGCAAUUGUAUACAAAGAUGUAUCUGAAGACAACAGUUCAUCUGCACUUGUAGGGGCCAUUCUGGGUGUUUCGCCUACAAAACAAAAUGGUACAUUUUAUGUAUGAAAGAGUGGUCUUGCCACCUGAGCCACUUCUCAGACUUCAGAUCAGAUACUGUACUAGAUGAGCACGUAGCUCAUUAUUACUUCAUGCACUUUUGUUUAAUGAUGUAAUUUUAGCUUUGGCACUUUCAGUAAGGCCUUGUGUGAUCAAUGCUGUGGCAUUGUCAAAGGAAGAAUGGGCCUCCAGCGGGGAUUAACUUUGAUAGGAGGCUAAUUUUUAUUUGAGUAGAGCUUUGGGCCUGAUUCUCUUUAGGCAAUUUUUUUUCUUUAACUGUGCUGCUGUUAUAGGACUGUCUUUUGUUGCUUGUUCAAGCUAGCUUGACCAUCACCAUGAAGUAUGUAGAGGUGACAGACUAAUAUUUUUAUAAGCUGAAACUAUCAACCAACUCUAGUUUUUAAUCAAGUGUCUACAUAACUAUUCUGACUAUAGGCUUUUUUUUUUUUUUUCUAAAAAAGGGGAUAGUCUGAAUUUGGUAAGCAAUCAUACUUAGGGUUUUUUUAAAUUCUUUUUCAGUCUUUCCUUUCAGAGGCUUUCUGAAAAUUAGAUACUGCCUCAGUGAACAGCUAGAGUGAAACUAAACCGAGAAAUCAUUGGCCAAACUACAGAGGAGCUAGAAUGCUGCUAUAUACUUAAUCCACUGUCAUAAAACACACAGCCUUUUUUUUUUCUCCACAUCAGGAAGCCUUGAAAUUUUUGAACAGAUUAGAGUACAACAAAAUGGACCUCAACACAACAUUGGAUCAAGCACAGUUUUUCAAGUAUAAGGCUUUUGUCCAGUGGAGUCCCCUUGAAGUGCCAGAUAUUAUUUAUGUGAUGAACAGGAAUGGUUUUUUUAAAAGGCAACUAGUCCCUCCCAGAAACUCAUGCUUUUUUUCUAACUACUUUGUAACUGCAUGACAUAAGCUGGAGAGAAGAGCAGUUAUUAAAAAAAGAAGUUGACCUUUCCAAACC